CUCUUUUUAAAUAUUUUUAUUUCUUUUCCAUCAAAUACUGUGACGGCAGCAACAGCAAGAAGAAGAAAGAAAGUGAAGAAGUAAAGGAAGGAAAACCACUGAAACCAUGGAUAAUCCGCCGGCCAAAAAGAUUGGGAACAGCUCAAGAUCCGAUAUAAUCAGUAACUUGCCGAGUAAUAUCAUAAAUAACAUUCUAAGUUGUCUGCCGAUUCAAGAAGCAGUGGCGACUAGUAUUUUGUCAAAAGAAUGGAGGUUCAAGUGGAGAUGUCUUUCCAAAUUGUACCUGCUUCAUGAAACAACGCGAACGAAUAUUUCUCUUGGCUAUCAUAAAGUUCUCGAACUGCCUGAUAUAUGUUUUCGGUGUGCGAGUGAUAUCUCUACUACUUUUAGCAUGAUCAUGAGCUCUCCUAACUUGGAGAUGCUCGAGAUUGGGUCUAUUGCUCAUUGUGAAAUUCAUCCUCUUGCUACGGAAUUUUUAGAAGUAAAAGACCCCUUAGCUAAUGAACUGAAAAAACUUCGAGUGGUGAAGGUGAAGCUUGGAUACACAACAGCAAUAAGACCUGAACUAGAAUUCAUUGAAAUUCUAUUGGCUCGAUCAGUAGAAUUAGAAAAGAUGUUUAUACAGCCUGCCGAAGGAACAGUUUGUGUGGAAUUAUUGGAGUUUGUGAAAAAGAUAAUUCAAUUUCAACGUUUAUCAGAGAAAGCAAAAAUUGAAUUAUUAUGAUUCAGAUUUCGAUGUACAAGAAUGAUGAUUCAGGAUGAUGGUAAUGCAGGUUAUGAUGUUGAUUAUUAUGAUUGCUAAUCAAAUUUACUCAAAAUAGCACUUUUUGGGAAUGUUGAAGCAUUCAAGAUAUCAAAGAUGGAAGUUGUGGCAUCUUUAAAGCUUGUAAUCUGUAUUGAAAUAAUCAAAUAGCGUUACCGAAAAUAUGUUAGCUAGAGAUUAUCGGAGUAGUUUAGGACUUAGGAGUCAUUUUUUUAAGUCUGCAAAACGUUUCUUCUACUGAUUUUGCUAUGGAUGCUUGGCUUGGCUCCUCGUAUAGUUCUAGAA